GAGCCGCAGCUGCCUGCCCGUCUUCACCCAUGGCCGACAUGGAGCUCUUCGGUGCUCAGCAGCCACAGCAGUCGCCGGCCGGGAACGGGACAUCCGACGGUGGCGAGGAGGAUCCCGCCGCCGCUUUCCUGGCGCAGCAGGAGAACGAGAUCGCGGGCAUCGAGAACGACGAGGGCUACGACAUCCUGGAGAACGGCGAGGUGCCCGAGGCGCUGCAGCCUCCCGAGGGCCUGGGCGCGGAUGCUGUUGAUGGAGUGGUUAACGGGGAUGUCUAUCAGGAGAGUAAUGGUCCCACACACUGCUAUGCUGCCAUCUCCCAAGUAGAUAGACUGCAAUCAGAACCAGAAAGUAUUCGUAAAUGGAAAGAGGAGCAAAAGGAGCGCCUGGAGCAACUUGAUGCAAAUUCAAGAAAGCAGGAAGCAGAAUGGAAAGAGAAAGCAAUAAAAGAGUUGGAAGAGUGGUAUGCAAGGCAAGAUGAAAAGCUUGAGAAAACAAAAGCCAGUAACAGGGUGGCAGAUGAAGCUUUCUACAAACAACCCUUCGCUGACGUGAUUGGUUAUGUGGCAGCUGAAGAAGCCUUUAUGAACGAUGCAGAAGAAGUUUUUCCGGGCACUGAGUGGGAACGUGUGGCUCAGCUCUGUGACUUUAAUCCCAAGUCUAGUAAGCAGGCAAAAGAUGUGUCCCGCAUGCGUUCAGUCCUCAUUUCACUCAAGCAGGCUCCACUGGUUCGCUGAAGCAAAGCUCGAUGGAAACACUACAAAUGCAAUAUCUUAACCUUACUCAGAGAAGUUAUGUUUGAUUAAUUGUUUCAGUGUGUUUUUUUGGACCACAUCAUGAUGUAUCUAGAGCUGAUCAUUGUUUGAUUGCAUGUUCUUCCUGAUGUUUCCUUUCUGUGUCUGAAAUGGGGGUACCUCCAAAUCUGUAGUCUCUGUGCUGUUGUGCACUGAGGUGUCACUUCCCACAUUACUGACAAUAAAGAUCUGUUA